AUGAAGAUCGGACGGCGGCGCGCUCAACUCCUCCUUUUUCUCUUCUCCGCAGCCUCCCUAUGCGAGGCUUUGGCUGCUGCUGAACCAAGCGAUCUCUCUGCUGGCAAAUUCGGGGAAGUUGUCGUUACUCCAGGAGGGACUGCUGGGAAGGCAUUUCCUGUCGGCACAGAACAUGCCCCAGUGGACGGAAAAGAUGGAAUGCCACAUGAAGGCCCGUUCGUUGAAACAAAUGCAGAGAGAACGAGGAAGAAGACCCUGUACACUGGUGCCGAAGACGAGAUCCCGGUAGCAAAUCCAAAGUUGAAGGAGUCUUACAGGGAUCUCUCAACAGAUGGGGAUCUACCCCAGACAAACGACGCGGUCAUGGACGAACGCGUCAAGUCAAACCCCGUCGAAGGGACCAGGGGAAUAGAAGGAGGGAUAUCUGGCAAGUCUAAAGAUCCCAAAAUCACCGAAAAGCGUCCCGAUCCUCCCAAGGACGCAAGGCCUAUCCCACACAGCGAAGUUGUCGGAAUGGAGGAUGCUGCGGGCGGAGAAACACUGCCUCCCACUGAUGAGGAGACGAAAAAGGUUCUGACGGUGCCAGAAGAUCUCCCCGAGAAACCUCAUGAUAUCCCCCAUCCCGAGAACCCAUCGUCUCCCAAAGACACCAUCCUCUCCUCCGAAAGCACUACCAGCCAACAAGCCUCAAAUAAACCAAAGGAUCACGAACCCGCCGUCAUCUCACCUAUGCACUCCCUUGUGCUCUCCUUCACCAUGAUCAUCUUCUCCGAGAUUGGUGACAAGACAUUCCUUGUCGCUGCUCUCAUGGCCAUGCGCCACCCUAGAGUGGUGGUUUUCACGGCUGCCUUUUCCGCCCUCAUUACGAUGACUGUCUUGUCUGCACUGCUGGGACACGCUGUCCCUACGCUCAUUCCCAAGACACUGACAAACUUUGCUGCUGCUGGGUUAUUCCUGGUAUUUGGCGUGAAAAUGCUCCUGGAAGCCCGCUCCAUGUCCCCGGAUGAAGGAGUCAGCGAAGAAAUGAAGGAGGUGGAAAUGGAAUUGGAGGAGAAAGAACAUCAGCAGGCGAGGAGGAUGUCGAGACAUCGGAGAACAUCAUCAGCUAUAUCCCCUUACGCCCUCGAAGCAGGCCGUGGCCCAGGAGGGAGAAAGAACACCGAGUCACGUCUCCCGUCACCACCCGAGUCCCCAGCAUCGUCGCGCGAUGUGUCGCCCGUGCGCCAGUCAUCUCUUCAAAGCAUUCUUGGCGGGAUCAACAACCUCUGUUCACUCCUCCUGUCUCCAGCGUGGGUGCAGACUUUUGUCAUGACCUUUCUCGGAGAAUGGGGAGACCGCUCUCAGAUUGCAACGAUUGCGAUGGCAGCAGGUCAGGAUUAUUGGUGGGUCACGGCUGGGGCACUGGUUGGCCAUGGUAUUUGUACAGGAGCCGCUGUGUUGGGCGGAAGGGCCAUCGCUGGGAAGGUCAGCUUAAGGACUGUUACCAUGGGCGGAGCGAUCGCAUUUUUGGUCUUUGGAGUGAUUUAUCUCCUCGAGGCCGUGUAUUAA